AUGAUUGGACCUUAUCAAUAUGGGCUUAUACCUGGGAAAUUCACCAUCGAUCAGAUAUUCAUCAUGCAUCAAACUUUAGAAAAGACACGGGAAAAGAGCAUCAAUACAAACAAUCUGCUCAUCGACUUGAGAUCAACCCUCGACAUUCUGAAUUUGUCGGGUCUCUCGUCGGAAUUUAAUAUACAUUUAUCGCCAUGUAUUCAUCAUUGUACAUGUUGGUUGAACCUUACCUCCAAUGAUUGUUCCAAUACCUGCCAGUUUGACGAAAGUUCAUGUCUUAAGCAAAAAUUUUCCACUUGCAACUUAGACGAUUUCUCCAUAAAAUACAACGAGAGUGGCGUAGUAGAAACAUAUUUAUGCAAAAAUCGAGAAAAGAGUAAAGCAGAUACAGGAUCUAAGUUAAUAAUUAUUUUGGGUUCCGCGUUCAUUUGCAUAAUGUUGAUUACAAUCGGCUAUUUGUGUAUGCGUAUUUAUCAGACACGUCAUGAGACAGGUGCACAUGAAAUUCCUAUAAGCUUACUGAUGAAGUUUUAACAUAUGUACAUAUGUAUUUAUAACUGCGCUUCAUAUUUCAGCU